AAAAUAUAAUGCAUGUAAGAAGAAACGCGUGUUGAAAAUAGUAAAAUAAAAGUAGAAAAUACAAACACGGUGUUCCGAUCCUCCUAUUUCCGUAAUGGAGGCCUCUGGUCCGGCGACGCUGCAAUCCACCGCCUCAAGCCGCACCUCGCCGCUGUUCCGAUCCCAGUUUCCACCCAAUCGGACUCCCUUCCAACCGCUGUUUGAGACUAUACUUGAAGGUGGUAGAGAGACGUGGAUAUAUGUAAUUUACUGGGAAUACUCCUCUGCAACUUCCCUUCUCGGUUGGGGUGACGGCUAUUACAACGGCGACUACAAUGGUAAAGCCUGCAAAGCGACGUCGUCCACAGAACAGGCCCAGCGCAAGAGCGUUAUUCGGUUACUCAAUUUAUUAGUUUCAAGCCGCUCGGCCACUCCUGGUGAUUACGACGAGGACGUCACUGAUCUAGAGUGGUUCUUUUUGCUCUCCAUGGCUCACACCUUUCUCCACGGCAGCGGCAUGUCGGGCCAAGCUUUCUUCAAUGGGGCCCUGGUAUGGGUCACCGGGCCAGACAGGUUAUCUGAAUCCGCCUGCCAACGGGCCCGCCAGUUGCGGGAGUUUGGGCUUCAGACUAUGGUUUGUAUACCGUGCCCAAACGGUGUCGUUGAGCUGGCCUCCACUGAAGUGGUUCUACCCUACUCUGAUCUCAUGAGCAAAGUGCGAGAUUUUAUCGACUUCAAUUACCCGGUCAGGGACCUAACCUCUCACCAAAUCAUACCACCACGGGAAGAUAAAAGAUUGCAUGAAAGAGAAUAUACCGAGAUGCAAAAUCAUGAAGACGAGAACUUGUCUAAGAAAUUUCGAGGAAAAGAAAAGAUAAGUGAUUCAAAAUGCUCAUUGUUCAUGCUAUCAGAAAGUUCGGAUGGAGCCUCUCGUAGCACACGUUCACAUUCUUACGACUAUUCUGGCCCCUCCUAAAUUUGUCUUGUAUUUUUUUCAUGAAAGUUUAUAAUUUCUGUACUUGUGGGAACUGAAAUUAUCAAUGAGGAAGCAUCAAAUUAGCUUAAUAUUGUGGGAAAUAUGGAGAAUUUAAACAAUGUAAGCAGUGGUGGAAGCAGAAGAGAAAUUUUUCAUUGAUUUA